AUGAAAAAGACUUACAAGUUAACUGUCCAUCAAAAGGCUUUCAGUAGUUCAGAACUUAUUGUAAAUAUUAAAGACUUUCCUAAAGCUGUUAAAGGUGAUAUUGUAGAAGUUUAUCAUUCUGACUCUGAACAAAAUAAAUUAUUAUUACAAAUUAUGGCAUUUAAAGAUGAUUUACAAAGUAAAGAUACAAUAAGCAUAGAACACAGUGUUGCAAGUUUAUUUCAAUUGCAUGCAUAUAGUGAUGUUACAGUAAAUAUUGUGAGUCCAGAAUCUGUAAUAUUAGAUUCUGUUGAAUUGACAUUCAGAGACCAAUACCUUGGACGAUCUGAAAUGUGGCGUUUACGAAAUUCAAUGAUUGAUACUUGUGUAUACAAUAACAAAAAAAUGGAAUUUUGUGGUGGAUAUACUCGUGUACAAGUUUAUCAAAUGUGGACCAAAGGAAAAAUUGUUUCUUGUGGAGUUAUCAGCCAUAAUACUAAGAUAGUGUUUAGAUCUGCUACAAGUAUGGUUUACAUAUUUCUUCAAAUGACUUCUGAAAUGUGGGAAUUCAACUUUCUAGGGGAUACUUAUUUUGAAAAAUCUGUGGAUGGUUUUCUAUAUGACUUAUUUGAAAAAUGGCGAUAUUUUGGUAGUAAUCAUGAAGUAACACUUGUUGUAUUCUCCCGAGUUUUUUACAAAGCUAAUAAAUUAGAAGAAUUCCCUGAAGCUAUGAGAGAAUGUCUCCAAGUAGAUUACAAGAAUCGUUUUUAUGAAGAUUUUUACAGGGUAGUAAUUCAAAAUGAACGUUAUGAAGAUUGGGCAGCAGCUUCAUUAAUGCUUCUUCGACGUCUUUAUUAUACAUACAAAAUAGAUAUUUUAAACUAUCAUCAUAAAGUACUUCAUGACUCUGGUGUUUCAAUUAGUUCAAUACCAGAAGCUUAUUUAUCACAUGCUUCUCAAGGCAAUUUUCUUGAAGUAUUAAAUAUGGCAUUAAAUGUUUUUGAAAAACAUUACAUUGAAAGAAGUUUAGAUCGGACUGGUCAAUUAGCAAUUGUUAUAUCUCCUGGUAUGGGUGAAUUUUAUGUUGAUAGACAACUAACAAAUAUUACAAAACAAAGAGUUAUGGAUAAUGGUGUAGGAAUUGAUUUGAUCUGUGUUGGUCAAGAGCCAUUGUAUGCUGUUCCAUUAUUUUUGUUUCAAAACCGUGAUGAAUCUUUAGGAGAUGACUGCAGUAUUCCACAUUGGAUAAAUUUAAGCUUUUACAGAAGUAAUCACAUGCCACAAAGAUCUACAUUUGUUCCUCGGAUUAAAGUACCUAAUCAGUUUUCCAACAUUUUAUUAAAUCGUCCAAAAAUGGGCUUAAGAGUAGUGUCAUCAAAUAGUUUAUCAGCUUCUAUGCGAAAUAAGUUCACCAACUCUGCACAAGAUUAUAUGAACUAUGAUGAUGGUGUACUUGACAAAAAAAAUAAAACUAGUAUGCCUAGGUUCGGCAAUACCAAUAACAUUAUGCCACUAAAUAAAUUAAAUGGAAUCAGUGCAUCAAGAAAAAAAAAAUUUAGUACAUGCAGCUUUGAUGUAAAUUCUGAUAAAUCAAUUGCUCUUAGUCGUAGCCUUUCUCCUUUAAAACAGCGAAGCAUCACUCCUCCACCCAAAAGCCAGUCUGAAUUCAUAAAUUUGCCACAAUUAAACAGGAAUAGAAGUCGGAGUAUUGAUGAAAGCUUGAAAAAGUAUAAUAAAUUGACUGUGAAUGGAUCUAGUAAACAAGAUGCCAAAAACAAUUUAAAACUCGUGCGUGUGCGAGGUCUUAUUAAUCCAUUUGACAAAUCACGAUAUCACGUCAAGUUGACAUCAAAUCGAAGAAGAUGGAGUCAUACAUUUCCAGAAAAAAUUAAAAAUACAAGAAAGUUUUAUGACGAUUUUGAAUUUUCUGGACUUACAGAGCUGAGCUCAUGUGACAUGGAGAAUAUUCUAGAAAAUAUUCAGAUACUGAAAAAAAAAUUAAAUUUAAACAUAAUAAAAUUAUUAAAAUAUAGAAUUGAAGAAAAACAAAAUAUCACAAGUUCUUGUGAGUGGUCAAGUGACUUUGAAUUGACAAAUAUUUGUACACCAGGUGUUGAUUGGAAAUCACUAGUGUUUCCUGCUUGCUUACCAAUAACAACAGACUAUUUUCCCGAUGAAGUAACUCUUCAAUCAUAUUAUUUAUUUUCAAAUUACAAUCUGUUACCUGAUUAUGUAAAUGCUGAAGUUGCCUUGCAAAGAGCUGUUUAUCGUCAACCACUAUCUGCUUUAGAAGUUUUUUAUCAAAUGAUAUGUCAACGCUUAUCUCAAGGUUUUCAAUUGGUUGUAAGUAAAGAUGAAAAUCCAGAACAUAAAAAGAAGAUAAAUAGCAUUGUCAUAAGAUCAACAGCUCAUGAUGAACGAUUUAUUGAAAUGCGGCUUAGUAUUGGAAGAAUAGUUCAUACUGUUACUUUGUUUGGUUCAGAAAUUCAAGUGACACGAUAUAGACCAAGAUUUCCAUACGCGACAUUUGAAAUACAAUAUCGCUAUCGUUUUCAAGCUCCAGACCAUUCAACUUAUGGAAUUUCAUGGAUAUCAUUUAUUACUGAGAAAUUAGAAAAUUAUAAUUGGAAUUACAUGGAUCAUUAUUUAUGUGCUCGUGGGGAUAUGGAUUAUGAUUUACAUGAGAAAUUAAAAUAUUGGCGGUUUCGUAUGUAUCUUCUUCCUUGGCGUCAAGAUGCCACAAAAACUAUUAUGAGUCAUUUAGACGAUAAAUUUUACUGUGAUAUUUACAAAAUACCUACUAUGGAGGAACAAGUUUGUUUUACAAAUAAAUUCGUAAAAUUUAUUGAAACUUGGAUAAAUCGUAUUAAAAGAUCAACAACACUUAGCCUUAAGAGUUCAAGUGAUACAUCACCUUAUAGAGAUCGUGUUAACUCCAUACGUCCAUUGGAUAAACCACGUCCAAGGUCCGGUUCAAAUGUUUAUGAUAAAGCAAUUGUAUCACUGUUUCCUGAAAAUCCUGUUCAAGAUGAAAUUAUUGAUGAUAUUGAGAGCCCGAUAAAUUUAAUUAAUUCUGAAUUGUUAAAAGAAAAUAUUUCCAACGUCGAUCUAGUAGAACAUUUGUGUAAUACACAAGUUGGUGUUGGUUUUGUUAAUAGACACAUGGGCUUACCACAAAAUACAUUUGUCAGUAAUGAUGCAAUUACAUGGCUUAUAAACAAUUUAAAGACAAUAAAUAGCAGAGAUGAAGCUGUUGAACGUUUACAGGACAUUUUAAGCGAAGGAUUAAUUUGCCAUGCAUCUGGAGAUUUUUCUCAUCCUUUCAUUGAUGGGUUUUAUUUAUAUUAUUUUCCUUCAUGUGAAUCACCUACUGGUCAACCUUCUUCCCCUACACAUGAUUUUCAAGCAUUUGAAAAUGAAUGGGUCGAAGUGGAAGUUAAACAACCCAUUGAAUACCCAAAAAAUAUAGACUUUUUAAUGGAUAAUUUGUCACUUCCACAGUCAUUACAACAUGGAAAUAAGAGAGAAGUACCAUGGUAUAAAGAAGCUCAUUUAGAAAUGGAUGUUAACAGUAAAAGUGAUCGUGUAGAAUGGGGUCAUGCCAGAUAUCAAUCACUUUAUCGUUGUGAUCAGGCGUAUGAGAUUAUAGCUCGAUGGGUUGCUGCAUCUGGUUCAGUUGUAGCUGAUUUGGUGUAUAAUUGGGCACGUAAAGCACAAACUGGUGGAUUUCAGUUAAUACCAUUACCUGCUGACCCAUUUGCUUUGCCAUAUACUUUAAAAUCUGAUCCUCUCCGUGGUCCAGUAUUUGUACCUCUCAAUUUAGAUUGUCUUCUAACAGAUGAUAACAAUUGUUUAUUUCAUGAAUACCCUGAAGAUUCAUGGCUCCGAAGAUUAUUAUUAUUCCAAGAAGUUAUACUUUACCGAUUUGGGUUUGUAAUAUGUAAUUCAAAAACUAAUGGUAAUGAAUCAUAUCACAAUCAAUAUAUUCAUCUUACAGGUAACGUGUUUGUGUUAAUACUUUCUGAUUUGAUUGAAGAAACUAAAGAGAAAAAUGAUUCUCCCGAUCAAGGAUUAAAUGAAUUAGAAGCUAGUGUUAAUCAGCAAGAAUUACAAUUUAGCCCUCAUAUGGAGUACAUAUCACGGCACGUGUAUCAUAGUUUACCUAAAGAAAAUGAUCCAAAAAUAGAAAAAAGGGUUGGUUUUCUUUGGGCAUGGAAUCAUAUGGUAAGUCGUAGAUGGAAGUCGUCAAAUCCAGCAACUGGUGAUGAACAAUUCCAAAAUAAACUAUUGGAAGAUUUUAGAUAUUUUUGUAGCAAUAAAGAUGACCGAUUAUCAAAUUUUUGGAAAUCUUGUAAAGAUGAAUAUUAUACAAUUAAACACCAAGAAUAAAAUAAAUAUUGCGUG